GCUGUUGCACGACUUCGACACAUGAACAAGAAUUAACCGUCGUCGGGGUAGAAUGUGAAGAAAUUCGAGAAGGACAGAACAGUGGUGGCUUAACUUGUUUAAUAUAACUUUGCCGGAAAAAGAGUGAAAGAAGAACUUGAGAAUGGACCGUGCAGUUUUCAUAUCUGUAGUAGACAAAUUACGACCCUUUCUUCCACCUGGUAGGAGUCCAAGGGGACUUGAUGUGUUGUCUAUUGAAAAACAAUUGGCCAUGACCCUAUACUUUUUUAAGCAUCAAGGCUCUCUUAAAUAAAUAUAAUCAUGAAUAAUUACUGCAAACUAAAUUUUACAAUAGGAAAAGAAAGGUACUUGUAGGUUAACAUUGUGGAUUGAAAGGUUGAAACGAAUAUAUAACUUGAUAGUACAUAUCUUCGCGUUUAGAUAGCAAAUUAUCACCCCGUGAUCAAGAUAAAAUGAGAGAUUAUAUGGAAAGGCGGGUUACCCCACCUAGGCAGGUUAUCUCACCUACCUGGGGUCCCCCACCUCCAUGUAAACAGGCCCGUAGAAAUAUUGUCAAGAAUUUUGGCAAUCUGCAAUCCUUGGUGGCACAAUUGAUGGUCAUACAUCAUGUUUGUUUGGAGGUUACCAUGUAGGGGUUACUCCAUCUUUCUGUUUAAACGAUUUAAGGAUUGUGAUGCUUUCAAAAAUGUCCUUCGUGAGACCAAUAAUCUCCCUUGUGAGACAAAUAACCUUCAGGAGAUAAAGAACCUCCUUGGGGAGACAAAGAUCCUCCUUCGGGAGACGAUGCACACUAAUUUCACAUAUGACAAACUCAUUAAUGACAACAUAUAUAGUUAAAAGUGUGAAAAGCAAUCUGCAUUUCAGAUCACGUUUACCGUUCAAGCAGUCAGCAGUAAAAUCACAGAAAUUUCGUGAUCUAGAAUAUCAUUACGUAAAGUUAUGCAUUCCUCGGAAAUUCGAAAACUGAGAGUGAAAGUGAAAAAUGUUCUCAAAAACUCAGUUCCUGUUUCAUCUGUUUUACACAACAUUGCUAUUAAUUGUAAGGCAAACUAGUUUCUUCAGUAAGUAUUUUUUCCAAGCUAAGAGUACAACAAGGUCGCUUGCAGUUAAUGCAUCAAAAAGAAAUCGUUUUCUUUCUGGAGAUGUCGAAUUAAAUCUAGGUCCUGUUCUGGAUUGCAAAAUUAGUUCAGUAGCAUUAGUAUGCAAUACCACACCUGCAUUCCUAUUGAACUCAAGGCUACCUAGACAUGGAUUAAGAGCACUUGAUGUAGGUGGAGGAGGUGACUGCUUUUUUAAGUCAGCAUCACACCAGUUAUAUGGGAACCCUAACCAUCAUGUAGAAGUUAGAGCAUUGGCUGUGCAGUAUUUGAGGAAUAUUCCUGGGCGAGUUAUUGAAAGCAAUUUGGAUGACUCAUGGUUGAGGUACUUAUCACAUAUGUCUAUGCAAGGAACUUGGGCUGAUCACAUUGUCAUACAAGCUGUUGCAGAUUCACCGAACUUAAGAAUUCAUAUUGUAGAAUCAAAUGGAAAUGUUUCAGAUUUUGACCCUAGUUGAAUCUAUCAAUACUGAGAGUAGAGAUAUUAGGUCUGUAUAUUUAGGUCACAUUGGUGAAAUGCAUUAUGUGUCAGCUUUACAAGCUGAAUUCAUAGUAAGGUCAUAUCAAACUAGCACUAAUAACUGUUGUGUUAAUCUUGCACCUUAUGAAAAUGACAUAAAUAAUUGUAAACGUAAAAGAAAGAACAGUGUCUACAUGAAAGAAUAUGGACAGAAAAGAAAGCAUUUCUAAUGAGGAAAGAGAAAAGAAUAAUCAAUACAUGAAGAAUUGUCGAGCAAAGAAAAAAAAUCCAGUUCUUGAUUUCAAAGAUUCAUGACGUAGUUUCUCAAGAGCUAUUGUAUAUCUGUACUUGCUGUGAUCAGCUGUUUUAACAAACAUAGUUUACUCCAUACUAGUAAUCUAAGAAAAAAGAUUCCUGAUGUAGAUAAAUACCUUAGAGGUAAGAAAGUUUCAACAGUGUUAAAUGGGUGCGUCAAAAAUGUUUGAUCUAUUUGAGU